AUGGCCGCCACAGUCACAUCAGGCGGGGCGUCCACUGUAGGGCCGUCAAUGUCUAGCAAGGAAAACCUCCUCUCCAAAUAUCUGCAAGAAAAAUCGCCGUUCAUACACGACACUAAGUUUGAUCUGUCGCUCAAAGAGUAUCCCUUGGGUCCAAUCCUCCUGCCCAUUCCACUGAGCAGCGAGCUGCUAGGCUACGAGACCAGCGCACUAGAAGUUUUACACCGAUGGAUGAAUUUUCAAAAUCUAAGCGAGCAGAUUGAUCUAGAUGAAAUGAUUGACUAUGAGCUCGCAACUAAAUCUGAGGAGAUGCAACAAUGCGAGGAGCCACUGGACCUCUCUGGUGUUGUUCCCAGCUUCAUAUUGGACCAGGUGAAACAACUAGCCACUAGGAGGCAGGAAAAGUCCUCCAAAUUGCUUGGUAUUAGUCCACUAAAAUCUGCAGCUGAUAAUACGCAAAACAAUUGGCUAAGACUCUCCAAGGAACAGCGCGUUCAGAUCUACAUGGAUAGCAUCAGAAACAGUUUUGUCGAUCCAAAGACGCUAGUAAACCCAAAAAACCCAAACCUGAAGCAAAAGAAAGUCUACAAGGUGAUGCCAAAUGUACAACACUGGAAAAAUACGUACAUACAUACCAGCAUUUCCGGCGGCGUCGCUGAAAUAGAUAAGGGCGAAAGGGGAUUCAUGAGGGUAACGGAAGAAACUCCUACCAGCAAGCAGUUUGAGUAUUAUUGCAGUGUUGGAAUGGAAGGGAAGGCUGAAAGGUUUUCAUUCCUACGAAAUUAUACCUGCCAGCACUCUGCAAAGGGCUCGGUAGGUGAAAACUAUUAUCUGAUGUUGCUUCCCCAACAAUUGUACCAGCUGGCCAAUCAAACGCUUGAAAACAAGUCCAAUUUCCAACUUAAGCAACAAACGCAUGCAUCCCAAUCGCAGGGUAUUGAUGGGAAUGCUACAGACAUUCCUGACGCAGAUAAUGAUACCAUCUAUAUUAUAUCCAUCAAGGGCCAAAAAUCAGUGCUGACAAAGGCCGGAGGGGGCAAGAAACAUGAUUACCUAAUCACAUAUAAGGAUGAUGAUGAGGAAGAGGGGGAGGAUGCUACCAGCAAUGCCUCCGCGUAA